ACGAGCGAGCUCAGCUUCUUGUCGCGCUUAGCGGAUCGGAAGUCAUGGCGGAUUCACCCGAACGGCAGGAAGAGGCGCUUGAGGAGUCGAAGACUCGGAACUCUCCUCCCGGAACGAAGCGUCUAAAGCUUACCCUCUGCGUUCUCUUCUCCUUCGUUCUUGGGUUUCCGUUUCUUCUGAAGUCGACGGAGAUCUAUCGGUCGCCUCUCCCUUAUCAGUCUAUCGAUUCCUUCUCGAAUCGUCUGGAGAAGGACCCUCUGUUGCUUCCGUGCCGCUUCCGAGCAGCGUUCUUGGGGUUCGAUCGGAUCGGGGUCGGAGCGCAUGAGCUAGGGAUUUCGAUAUCAAGAGAGAUAGAGAGGUUGACGGGGGGUGGCGUUGGGCGCAGCGGUUGUGCAGGCGAUGGUUCCGUGGAAGUGACGAUAGAUUCAGGGAAUGGAUGUGUAGGAAAGGAUGUUGAUGGAGUAGGGCAACCGUGGCCGUGUGGACUGCGGGAUUCGGUUUUCAGUAGGUUUGCGCUCGAUUCCUGGGAGGAUGACGAGAGGAUCGACGAGGCGUUGGAGGCGGCGUAUCAAGGAGAUGGAGGCUGUUCUGAAUGUGUUGGUGAUGGGGUUUAUACUGUUUUUGUGAUCAAUGGAGAUCGGAGCAGGAUGAGGACAGUGGUUGGGAAGCAUCGCCAUGCAUGGGUCUCGGGGAAAUUGACAGAAACAGAUGCAGUGUCGUUGAUCGGAAGAGUUUUUGUGAAGUUUUUUAUUAAUGGAGGGAGGGAUGUCGCUUUUUCUGGGGGAGAGGGUGAGUCUAUGCCAGUGGCAGCGGAUGGGACUGUCGUGCUUUCGUUUAGUCUACUUAAUUCAAACCCAAACGAUUGGGUUUAUGAUUGGGAUUUCCAGAAAAUAGACAGUAUUUUCUUGUCUCCUGUUGUCAACGCAUUGGCACCCGUAGCUAAUAUAAGUGUGGAAAGUCAGGUUUUGUACUAUGCACCAAAGGCAUCACAUUCAUUUUGGGAUAGCAAAUUGUCAAGUUAUGUCUCUAGGACAAAGGAUCUACCAUUCUUUGUCAAUUCAAAUGAGUGGCAUUUGGAUACCUCUGUAGCUGCUGCAGGGAGAUCAAAGAUUCUGCAUUUUGUAGUGUAUAUACCGUCUGCACAAGAGUGCCCUCUAGUUUUGCAACUUCCUGGUGGGGACAUUUCUAGAACCAAUGGAUUUAUAUCUCCAAUGUGGGGCGGUGUUGUUAUUUGGAACCCACCUAGCUGUUUGAAGAAUUCUCAAAGGCCACAACCUUCGAUGCUUUCUCUUUCUCCUAAGGAUCUGGAACAAGUCUUUAGUGUUUUCCUAGGGCAGUUAAGGUUGCUUUUUGGUCUUUCAUCUGACAAUUCACAGACUGAAGAUUUCAACAUUUUAGCCAGUGAAACAGGAUUUACAGCAUGGGAGCUUGAUUUCUUGAUCCGCCGUCAUGCAUCUUUUAACCUUUUCUCUUGUGCAACAACCCUUGGCUCUCUCUCUAAGUUGGUCCAAUCCCUUCCAAGUAUGAUUAUCAUGGAUGAAAUAGGGAGCCAGGUGAAACUAUCACUUGAAGCAUCAACUUCAGCCAAGAAGCUUGCAUCUCAGGGAAUUUAUGAUGCUGUUGCAUUUUCUUCUCGGCAAGCAAGGGCACUUGCUGAAAAUGCUUUCUUCCAUCCUUCAAUCAUGUCUCUCCUUUAUUUUCCCAUUGAACACCAUAUAGCCAUAUACAUGCCAUUCUUUGUUCCAGUGUUGAUGCACGUGUUCCUAGCAACUUUCAAGGAAGUGAAACGAUAUCGGCAAGAAAAGGCAAAAUUUCUUGCGAGAACAACUAAAGUAAAAGUGUCCUGAUUCUAUGCAAAAAUUAUGUCAGAGCGUGAGGCCUAUUAAAUUUAACCAAAAGUCGUGCUUGGGCUUGAAGGAGCUUGCAGGCUUCUUAUAUCCUGCUCGUAGUCUUCAAGGAGUUUGCUGGCUUUCUUCUAAAAUCUUUUGAUCGCUUAUGUGCUAAAUCAGUUUUGUCUGAUUAUGUAUGGAACAAGUGGUAGAAGCUUCACUGCAGAAAAUGAGAAAUUUUAGCUACUUGGCCUUUCUAAAUUGAGGUUGGUAUGUUUGCACGAGGUAUGGAACAAGUGGUAGAUGCUUAAUUGUAGAAAAUGACAAAUUUUGGACACUAUGCUAUGUUCUGGCCUUUCUAAGUUGAGAUUGUUAUGUUUUCCACGAGUGGAAGAUUAAUUUGAGCUUGGUAAUGAUGGCAAUAGGUUUGUGUUUUCGGAUGUCUA